AAGUUUCGUAAACCAUGUAUGUUCUCAUAGAACUUGAUCCAUAACCAACAACUAUCAAAUUCGCAUGACUUUCUCUAACCCUUCUUUCAGCUUACCCAAAAUGUCUAUUCUGAUAAUAGUGAUUACCCAAUAUCCCUUCCUGCCUGAUGAUCAUUCAAAUCCUUCCCUUGGCCUCCCUACCAAGAGAUGUUGCCGCCCAUAUGCAAGAUAGAAAAAAGCAAACAACGGAAGCCUAUAUUCCAGACCAGCUACUCCACUCCAACCCUGUAGUUCAACGACACCAACAACUCCAAGUGUUCCUUCCAUAUAUUAGCCCCCCUUACUAUACCAAUCCAGUCAGCUAUCCCCCACUCCCUUACGUUUCAGCUCUGCACAGCGCAACUACCAGAUCCACUCAUCUCUCACGAUCGCAUAUCGAACACCGUAAAAGCGCACCUAGUCCCUGUCUCCCUACCCUUGGCAAAGGGUAGACGCAGACGCAGGUAGACGCAAGCACACUUCUCCACCAUCUCGCUACACAUGAACCCCUCACCGCCCCCUCCCUUCAUACCCUA